CCCGUCCUGCGCACCUCGCCUUCGCACCUGCAUCUCUCUUACACCAUCGCCAAUGACCUGCUCCCUCUUGAGAUCCGAUUAGAAAUUACAGCGAGGGAAACUUUACACGCAUUACGGGCAACUCUUAUGCAUACCCAUUGGCAUACCUUCACCUUGCUCGCCGUGGAAGAUAUUUAUUCAACAUUGUCACUAAGAAAAGACCUUUCUUCCAUUCUUACCGCGCAACCGCUUAAUCCUAAAUGGCUUUCACUCCCAACAAAAUACUCUCGCCAUGCUCUUUUCAGACGGCUUGCUGAGGUUUCAAGACUUACACGAGGUGUUAUCGUUUUGAUAUGUGACAUCCAUUACGCCAAGCUUGUAAUGGAUGAAGCGAGACGUCUAAACAUGCUUGAUGGCCAUUUUUUCUGGUUAUGGAUCGAUGCUUCCAAGGAGCUUGACGUCUUCCACACUGUCAGCAACAAAAUACAAGACGAUAACCAUGAAGAUUUCGAUAGCUUCAGCGAUAAAGACGAGGCUUUUAGGGGCGACCUUAUAGAGCGCCGUAAACGAGAUGAUGCAGACAAUAAUACAGUAAAAGAUAUAAGUCGUAAUACAGAAGAACAGCGGGAAAUAAAUUUUAAAGAAAAUAUUAAUAAAAGUAUUGAAGAUAGCAUAAAUAGUUCAAUAAAAUUGAGUUUACUUCGUAUUAGUAGGGAUAUAAAUAAGUCGGAAGCGCACAGUGUUAAUAACAAAUUAUUAAGUAUAAAUUUUAGUGAAAAUUUGAAUAGUAGUCGCAAUAUUAGUUCAGAGGAUGUAAGGAAUUAUAAUUAUGUAAAUAAUAAAGGCGUUGAAACUUCUAAAAUCGAAAAGAAUUCAAUUGAGAAGGGAAAGAUGUCCUUCCUAUAUAGAGAUAGUAGUAGAACAACUAGCUACAGUAAGACGAAAAAUGAAUCCUUUAAUAAGUAUGUAAAUAGCAUAAAUAUAGGAAGCGUUACCGCUGAAAAUAAUUUACUUAAGCAAGAACUCAUUCAUAGUAGAGAUGAAAUUAGAAAUUUGAAAGAUAGGCUAUUAUAUUCAAGUGAUAUUAGUGAUUUUCUAAUGAAUCCCACGGUGCAUAUGGCUAAAAUGCAUAAUGUUAGAGAUACUAUUGAAAAAAGAAAAAAAUACCCGUUUGUUGAGGAAUAUGAUGAGAUUACCAAAGAGGAUAACGUGACUGCAAUUAUAGAUAAUCUUCCUAUAGGACUGUUAGCACUCCAUCCACAGCCAAUGAAAAUCGAUCGCGCAUUCGUACAAGCGGCAGUGCGCAUGGCAGUGGGAGCGCUACGCAGAGUUUUACACGCGUGUGACGCUUGGUCGGCGCAGGCGCAGUUUUUCAGCGACGCUGCUGCAUCUUGCUGGGACGAGCCGAGCGAUCCAGCGACUGAUUUUUCUUUGGAGUUCGUCAGGGAAACAAGAAUUUCCGCUGCAGCCGCGCUAGCUGGGGGGACUGAGAGACCCGAAAAAGCAUUAACAGCUUCAUUUGCUUUAUUAAACCUUGUGCCAGGAUUUGACGGGGGUAACUCAUGGAGGCAAGUGGGACGCAUACAAGGACGCAGCGUCAAAUUGCAUACCAUCGUGUGGCCUGGAGGACGUCUCGUCGCUCACGGCCAAUCUGAUGGCGCUCGUACCAUAUUUCGAAUAGUCACAGCUCUAGCGCCACCUUUUGUAAUGGAAGGAGAACUGGAUGAAGAUGGUCAAUGUCUCAGAGGGCUUCCAUGCCAUCGACCUCGAACCUCCGACCGGGAUAAUCUCACUCUUGCUUUCAACGACUUGGACAGAGAUAACGAUCAAGAAGCCGAUGAUUUCUUUUUUCCAACACCUAAACCUGUUUUUUCACGAAUGGCCACACACUGUUGCUAUGGGUUAGCUAUGGAUCUCCUCGAAAAUAUUGCACAAGAACUGGAAUUUGAUUUUCAUUUAUACAUAGUAGAAGACGGCCUUUACGGCUCCAGAAAGCUUGUUAGGCCAUUUCAUAAAUUGAAUGAGUACAGAAGUGUUGCUAAUGAUUAUUUAUUGAAUCAACAGAGCUAUCGCUCGCAGUAUCGCAAUGGUUAUAAAAGCUUAGACGAGGAUUACGUGUAUGAAGAUGACCCGGAUGAAGAUUUCGAGAAAUGGAACGGCAUUAUUGGAGAUUUAGUAUCGGGAGCUGCCCAUAUGUCUUUUGCGGCACUUAGUGUGUCUGCAGCAAGAGCCGAAGUAAUUGAUUAUAGCCAACCAUAUUUUUUCAGUGGAAUAUCCAUAUUAGCAGCACCGAAUCAAAGACCUGAUAUCCCGUUGCUAGCUUUUCUUUUGCCAUUUUCCCCUGAAUUAUGGAUUGCAGUUUUUACGUCACUAAAUGUGACUGCUAUUGCUGUAGCGAUAUACGAAUGGUUGUCACCUUUUGGUUUGAAUCCAUGGGGACGGCAGAGGUCAAAGAACUUUAGUAUUUCAAGUGCUUUAUGGGUGAUGUGGGGUCUAUUGUGUGGCCAUUUAGUUGCCUUCAAGGCUCCAAAGAGCUGGCCUAACAAGUUCCUCAUAAACGUUUGGGGUGGAUUUUCUGUGAUAUUUGUUGCAAGUUAUACUGCCAAUAUUGCCGCUCUCAUAGCAGGACUGUUUUUUCAUAACGCCGUAGAUGAUUAUCAAGGAAGAAGUAAUUGGCUUUCUCUAAGAGUGGGAACCGCCAGGUCGUCGGUGUCGGAGUAUUAUGUCCAAAGGAAUAAUCCACAGCUGGCUCAACAGAUGCGACGUUACGCCCUCCAAGACAUUGAGGAGGGCAUUCAGAGGCUUAGGAAUGGAACAUUGGAUCUUCUGAUAGCGGACACGCCAGUUUUAGACUACUACCGAGCCACGGACCACGGGUGCAAGUUACAGAGAGUUGGAGACCACGCACUUGCCGAAGACACGUACGCUAUUGGUAUGUCUAAAGGAUUCCCACUAAAGGACAGCGUUUCGGCAGUUAUAGCGAAAUAUUCGUCGAAUGGCUAUAUGGAUAUUUUAACUGAGAAGUGGUACGGAGGUCUGCCCUGUUUCAAAUUGAGUCCUGAUUACGGAAUCCAGCCGAAGCCUCUUGGUGUGGCGGCUGUCGCUGGAGUCUUCAUACUGCUGGGAGUGGGAAUGGUUGUUGGCUGCCUUAUAUUGAUUCUAGAGCACCUGUUUUAUAAAUACACGCUGCCUGUGCUACGUCACCAGCCCAAAGGAACGAUAUGGAGGAGUCGCAAUAUUAUGUUUUUUAGUCAGAAACUGUACAGAUUCAUAAAUUGUGUGGAGCUAGUCUCCCCACACCACGCGGCUAGAGAGCUUGUCAACACUAUUCGACAAGGACAUUUCACUUCGCUGUUCCAGAAAAGUGUCAAAAGGAAGGAACAUGAACAGCGUAGAAGAAGAAAGAGUAAAGCACAAUUAUACGAGAUGAUACAAGCAAUACGAAGGGUGCAACAACGGGACCAUUCGUUAGGUUCUAUCAAAGAACAAGAACCAGUUGAAACAUCUGCAGAUGUAACAGAAGAGGUGACUGAAUCAAAGUUUCUAUAUACAUCGCCGGACGUCUCUUCGCGGUCCCCGCGCCAAGGCCGGUCACCAAGACAACUGCGCUCGCCCAGGGGACGACGGAAAAGAUGCAGUCUUGCCGGACUCAACGUACGAAGAUUUAGCACAGACUCGGUUUUAGGUUCAGAUUCGAUUUCGAAUAUCUACGAAAGAACUAGCCAUAACAUCGGAAGAAGACUCAGCAGAGAUGUCAAUUGUCUAACCAGUUCACCUCCUGAUAUAAACACCCGUCUCCGGACACCGUCGCCCAUGGUUCGUCGCGCUGAAGGCUCGUCCACAAGAAGUUACCAAGACGUAUCUGAUAGAUCUGACAAUUACCUCAGUACAGACGUCCCAACUUCUCGAGCGAGCGUGGAAAUUCUUGUGUCCGAAGAUUUAGACGUACCACCUGCACCGCCCUACCCUAGAGUGUCACCGACGGGCGGACGGUCGGAGUUAUCUCUGCUAUCUGAAGACGAACUAAUAAGAUUAUGGCGAAGUUCCGAAAGGGAAGUCCGGGAAGCUUUACUGGCAGCGUUGCAGGAGAGGCGGGCUAAUUUAGAUCCGAAACAAGAUCCCGGAUGAACGAGACUUAUUGCCACAUAUUUGGGAAGAAAUUGGUCAGUAGAUUCACUUAGGAUCUAUUUUCGCUGCACGGCGUGAGAACGAUAAGGAGUAUCGAUGAAUCAAGCGCAGUGGUUGAGUUAGUGCCUUUUUACAUUGUUUGAUGCGGACGUCUUUCAGGCGUUAGAUAGACAAUCGGUGUUCAUUUUAGUGUCUUGAUAUUAUUAUCAUAUUUGAACGGCUGCCUUAUUUUAUAUUUAAUUGCUUCAUCAAUCGGAAUCCGCGUCAAACAAUUUAAAUAAUGGUACAUGUAGGUACUAUACAAUAUGGAGAUGUUUACGUCCAGAAAUCAAAUUAAUCUUAUUAUUAGCAACUAACAAAAUGUAGACGUCAUAAAGUACGAGUAUAUUGUAUGUAUGUAUAAAUAUUAAGAUAGCUGACCACAACAUAAAGUGCUUUAUCCUAUCUAUGUCUAUGUAGAUGAUGAUAGAUAUUUCAUUGAUUGUAAUGAGCUACUUUAAUGAUUUUGAUGAUUCUAGAAUUUAUAUGUUAAGUCCUUGCCUCAUUCGUUGAACGAUCCUUCAGAAAAUGAUUUAUUAUCACCUAGGGCUGAUUUGUUCUUUACCCAGGUGACUCGCCUAGUGGGUCAAUAUUAUAAUAAAUGUGGACUAUUUUUCCUCCUUCCUUGUCUUAGUAUACACGUAUUAAUUUCUUCUUCUCACUACUGCAAAUUGAACAAGAAGCAGUGAAUCUUUAAUAAACAAAAGGAUUGGUGUUGUUCCUAUAAAUUCAUUGCAUUGAGUAAAUUGUGUAUGAAAAUAAAGCGCGCUCGAGAUAAUUGGACCAGUGCAGUAGAAUCCAGCAUGCAGUAUAAUUGGAUAGCGAAUACGAUAUUUGACAUUUAAUGGCUAGCUUAUAAAAUAAAAAGACACAACAACUGAGCAGUAGCAUGCUUCGACGGAAUUGAAAUAAAACGGCGCUGUUUAAUCCUUAUAAAAUGGUGCAUUUCUUUUAUUCUUCUAGCUCUUUCUUCCUUCGCUUUCUAUCCCUUCGUACUUUAGUAGAGCAUGCAUGUCUUUCUUAAUUUUUUACUCAAAAGUAUUAGUUUCAAAUGCUAUAGAUACCAGAAAAUUAGAUCUUAAUCUUGCCAUUAGAGUAGGUACAAUAUCUAUCAGAAUUAUAAUCAAAACAAAAACAAAAGUUAAAAAUUUUAGUUUCGCGCAUUCGGGAAAUUGAAGUCAAGUAAAUAAUCUCAAAUUAAAUUACCUACCUCGAGCGGAAAAAAAUCUCUACCAUAUUAAAACGUUAAAGAGAUUAUUACAGUUGGAUUAAAACAUCACAAGAAAAUUGUUUUCUUAAUUGAAUUAUGUAUAACGGUAACUAAAGAUAUUAUUAACGUAAGCAUAUAAAGUCGGUUAAAGAAUGAUAAAUACUGCCAAACGUAUCUGAAUAGAUAGAAUAACCUAGCAUCUAACACUUUCUUAGACCUUGCACCCUAGUAGAUUUAGUUUAGAUUUUUUUCUCUCUAUCAUAUCCUAUCUAUAUUCUUCGAAAAAUCCCUAAUUAAGUAGGUAACUUAACGAGAAAUUAAAGAGAAGCAAUAUUUUUCCCUAUACAUUUUAUACUACGAGUCGCCUAUAAUUUUAUUGUUAAAAGCAGCGUGAGUUCUAAUGGUGCGAUAGUUCUUACUUUGAAAUGGUUUUCAAAACAAAUAAUAUUAUACUUAUUCAACAGAAAAAAAACCCUUACCUACCUUUUUAUUGUCUUCUGACUUACCUAUGUAUGAUGCAUAUUAAAUUUUAUUUACAAUGCAUGUAACUACACUUUCUUCACGUUCUUAGAACCCAGUUGAGUUAUUUUCCAUGACCCAUUUUUCCAAUUUUGGACCAAACUACAAACUUUAAGUUGUAAUAAUAACUUAUUAAAAUUCGAUUGGAUGUGAGUCAUCUAGUGAUAUUUAAAGUCUUAUGCAUUUCUCUCUCUAAUGUCGUCGUAUAACAAUACUAUGAUAGGUAGACAUUAUAAAAUUGCUGUAUAAGUAGUAGGUAUUAAACAUUAGGAGUAGAGAUAAUGUUAAUAUUUAAAUGCCAGUUUCUACUUGUAAAUUUUGCCAGAUGUUUUUGACCUCGCCUUAGUUCAUUGAUGUUUUUUUUGCUCUAUGAACACAACCAGUUGCAUUAAAGAUUCUUUCCACCAACCAAUAAAUACUACGUGCCAUUAUCUGUAGCUUAAGUCCGGACAAAUGUUGAAUGUCACAACAUGCGCAUUUUAUUGUUUUUUUUUAACAAAUUCAUCGUGUUUUUUUGUAUGAUGAAAUGUGUUGAUUUCGUCAUAAUUAUUUUAUCUACUAUGUUAAGUUGCAGUAUUUUGAUGACUAGAAGAACUAAGCUAUGACGUAGGUUAUUCUGGUGAAUAUACGAAUGUCAUUUUACCCAUUACACUUGUUAGUAUGGAUUGAUAGUUCUAAAAUGAAAAUGUGUAUUGCUUACUUAUUACUGUAAACUAAUAUUUGACAGAUUUAUAAGGAGGUUUUACUCUAUAGGUAUCAAAGAUACCAUGUAUUAUUUACUAGCUAGUUAUUAACUAAAAUAUUAAUAAACUCAUUAGUAACACUUUAGCAUUUACUUAUUUUUAUCAUAAUUGAUAUGAAAAAGACGCCAAUUUUAAAAUUAGUGACGAAAUAAAAAUGUACUUGAUAUUUUACCUGUAAAUUAUUGUACAUAAUGCAAAUGACUUUAUUGGUAUUGAAGUAAAAGUAUUAAUGAUCUCGUGAACUGUCAUAAGAAAAAUAACAGUCCUAAAAGUUAAUGUAAAGCCAUUUUUAAAUAAGUUCUAAAGCACUCAUGUUUGAUGAAUACCUAAAUAAGUUAUUAAAAAAAAUUGUUUCUUUUGAAAACUAGGGAAAACUCCUGUUUUUCUUAUGUAUUGAAAUGAAAAAUAGGCUCUCCUUCAAAUCUGAACGUUUUGAAUCUACGAGUAGCAACGUCAAUGCAAAGCGUCCUCUCAAUUAAAAAAAAACAUUGUAAUCAAAUUACGAGUACAUGCUAUAAUUAAAUACCUAAUUAUUACAUUUCACAGUAUUACGUUUGCUAUCCGAUAUUAAACCUUAAGUGUACCUAAAAUGUAAGCUCGCGACUGUACCUAUUCAAUGUGAUACAUGUUUGAGGAUUUCAUAAUAAUAUGAUUAUGUUACAUUUCAUUUAAGAAUUUAGAAGGUGUUUUGCUUGUUAUGUUUUGGAAACUACCUACUUAGUCAAUAAACAUGGCUGAACCUCUACUUUAUUGUGGUUAUAUGUUACUUUACUUAAAACAUUAAUUUAUUCAUAUAACAAAAGGAAUUGAAAUCUAGAUCUGUAUUGAUGACAGUCACGGCGAUGAUAGUUGAAAAAAAUAAAUAUUUGUGCCAAA